CACCCAGUCAGGUGACACAUAUUUGUCUGUCUGAUCCCCUAGGAAAAUGAGCCAUGUUGAAGCUGAUAUUCUGCCUGCUGUGUCUGAGUUUGUGUGUGGAUCGGUCGUUGACCUGUCUUCAGUGUUUCAUCUCAUCAUAUGACAGCGUUCGUCUAUGCUGGGGCCAUAUCCUCAUCAAGGAAAAUAUCCGUAAUGUGGAUGCAUGCAUGGUGCUAUUGGACAACAUUUUCAACUUCAACCAGACCGUCAUUAAUGCAGGCAGAGUUGGGAGAGGCUACGACCAAACACUCACAGACAUCAUGGUGGCACAGAUCAUGCCAUUGCUGGAGGAGUUCGACCAGAAGACUCACAGUGGGGCGGGGGGUUUGUGCUCGAGCUCGGUGUGACAGAAGGCUCUCUGCUGGUCAUGAGAGUACUCAGUGUGCCGCUGGGAAGAUAGGAUAGGAAUGCCGCUCUUGUUCUUCUUCUCUGCUUACAUGCUGAGAGCUUCAGGACGAACAGCAGUGGAGUGAAGAUGAUGGGAGUUUGCUAUUAAUCGGAGAAUGGAUGAAAGAUAAGACACACACACACACACACAAACACAAUUGAGAUGGAUAGUUGGAGCCUGCCCUGUCUGGGGUGUAUGUGUGUGUGUGUGUUUUACAGAGACAGUGUAUAAGGUCAGACUGAUGGCAGCUGCAGAAAAUUUCACCGCACAUGCCUCCAAGGUGCCCAGAGCAUCAGGAUGUUUUCCACCUUGUGGUUUCCAGGUAGAGGGUUCUGUCUACAACUGCCGCAGCUGCCAGUAUGACUCGUGCGAGUACCCUCUGGACUGCCCAGUCAAGGAAGUCGUGGUGGGGGAGAACAACAGGACACAGAUGCGGUGCGACGUCCUAUUUCCGUUGCCAGGUGACAUUGAGGUCGUGUGGAGGUACGCUGAGACAGAGACCCAGCUGCUGGAGCUGCUGAAGGAGGUGACCAUGGGUGCGGACCUCCUCUACUCCAUCCCCUCCGCCAGCCCCCAGCACGCCGGCACUUACCAGUGUGAGAUCUUCACUGAGGGACGCUCCAUCGUCAGGCAGUAUUUCUACCUCACAGUCAUCCCACAGACUGUAAUUGGCCACUCUGAGCUGCAGAGUCUAUUUGACCAGACCCUGGUGUCUGGAGGUCAGUCGCCCCAGGUGACCCCUGACCUCUGGGAGGGCUCACUGCUGCGCCUGCCGCCUCCUUCCCUUCUCACCGUGUGCCUCAGCGGCCUGCUGCUCCUCUUGCUCUUCUCUCUAGGGUCUCUGUUCUGGUGGUCAUUUCAGAGAGAUCCCAUUCAAUCGAAAGACUCUAGAGGUAUGCAGGGAGAAAAAUAUGUGUUUUUAUAGACGAGGCCCAUUGUCCACUGUACUUAGAUUCCGAAUUAAAGGAAAUAAUAAAAAAAGACUCUUUUGUGAC